AUGGCGACCCACUUCUCCGGCCUCAUGACCGUGUUCCGGCUGCUGCUGUCCCUCCCGACACCGCCGGCCUCCUCGCCGCUGCCCGGCGAUACCACCGGCGGUAGCGGUGGCGGUGGGCAUUCGGUGCCGCCGGACCUCGUGCGGAGGGGGCUGUCAGUGCUAGAGGCGUCCCACAGGACCGGGGGACUGUUCCGCUUUCCGCCGUUCGCUGCGACGUGGCUGCAGCCGCUGCUGACCGACGCGCUGCGGGGGCUGGCGGAAGGGGCGCAUCCGUUGACGCAGGAAGAGGUCCACCGCCUCGUUUUCGACCUUGCGGAGGUUGACCACCGGGCAUUCGCCACCGAGUUCCUGCCGCACUUUCUCGGUACUCACUACUCGUGGCUGGGUGCAGAACAGAAGGAGGCGUUGUUGGCCCCGUGGAGGGCGGGGACGCACCUGGACGUCCCCACGUUUUCGUCGUUCCUAGAGGCCUUGGUGUCGGAUUUGUCGUUCUUCCGCGCGCAAGCGAACGCUGCGUGAUGAUUUUUUGUGUUGACGGUUACUACAUCAUGUUUGGAUGUUUGGGGUUAGUGUCGUGCGUUGUUUGUCGUGAGUAAAAAGUACAAUGAAAUUCUGUUCCUUGAUGAGGCGUUUCACAAGCCAUCUAUCGUUCCCUAUCAUUGAAAAUGCCACGAAGCUCGUUGUUCAAGUUAGAACGCAAGCGGUGGGAUAACAAAAAAUGACAGUCCCAAGGGAGCAUGCCCGUGGGUCGGCCGCCCUGGCUGCCUCACGCUCUCCCUUCUCGAGACCCACUUCCCUCAUUAUCUCUCGUGCUCUCUUCAUGGUUCUGGUGCCAAGCAACGCACGUCUGUCUGGGCUCAACUGAUCUCCGAUCCGAAAAAUCCUCAAACCGAACCUUUAGUAGCUACUUGGCCGUCAGGACCGUGCCACACGUUUCGCCCUACAUCCUCAACUUCACCUGUGCACAGAGAUGGAAGGUCGUGUCAGUACAUAUACGCCUAGCACCGUAAGCCGAUGGCGUACAAGGACUGUUGGACUGCGUGGCUGCAAUAUUAGCAUUUGGCAUUGCUUUUUUGUCAGAGCGACGGACGACGCCUGGGUUCUCGCCACAAUGCUGCUGACGUCUUGAUAAACACGGGCGAAUGCAUGAAGAUCAUCCAUUAAUCGAGCUUUUCGUCGAAAUCUUCUGCUCUGCCUCCUUUGUUGCGGGCAAGAAGCACAGGAGGGCGGUCCAUGAUCACCCGAGACUUGAUGAUUUGAUUUCCAGCGCGGGGGCGGGAUAGGGAUAAACCGUCUUCGAAGGUUAGGACCGAUGGCGCGGUUGCUCUCGCCCUCACCCCACUCAUGACCAACAUGGGGUCGUCGGUAUGCGUUUCCAAGACACGCGCUAGGUUACAGCGGGUCAACUCCUUUUUUCCAUCUUCUUUAUUCUCUUCUCAUCUAUUUUUUCCGUGCCACACUCACUUGUCCCGUCUACAUCCUGUUUUACCAGAAAAAUAUCGCCUCUUUUCCGAAAAAGAAAAAGAAAAAUGCCGUCCAUAUGUAUGUACCCACAGCCUUCAUCAUCGAACCGUCUUGCGAGCACGAAAGCGCUCUUGGGAAACAAGAAACGACCAUCAACCACAACGGAGAAAGAGUGGGCGGGUGUCCAACCAACCAAUCAAAUCGACCGGCCAUAUGGCAACAUGGACGAACUUUGGGGCCACCAACAAUGUUGGUGGUGAUUCUCUACCCGAGC